UGUAGCGUCGGAAAUUUCAACCAACAAAUUUUGACUUUCUCCGUUCUUUCAAUCUCAUUUUAGAGACUUUUUCUACUAUGAUUGCAUUUUAAGACGAGUAGAAGUAUCAAAUAGUCCUACAGCUGCCUGAAAAUCGUCAAAAUUGGACUAAACUUCUGCUGUGUUUCUUCUUUUAUUCGCUGUUUGGCGGGUAUGGCGUCAAAUUCACCGGGCAGCAGAUUGUCAAGAGAGAAGCUAAAACUGGACUUCCAAGGUGGAAUAGAGAAAAGAAAGUUAAACCUCGCAGGACUCACUACGCGUCAACCAACACCGCUUCAAUCAAAUAUGGAGAGACUCAGAACUCACAAAGCUGUUGGAAAACUGUCAUUUGCCCCAGACCAUAAUUAUGAAUAUUCUUCAGAAGAUCUUGAUGAUUGUGGUGAGAUUGGCAGAGGUGCAUAUGGCACUGUGAAUAAGAUGUUGCACAAGGAAAGCAACACCUACAUGGCAGUGAAGAGAAUCCGUUCAACAGUUGACGAGAAAGAGCAAAAACAGCUUUUAAUGGAUUUGGAUGUUGUCAUGCGAAGCAGUGAUUGUAAAUACAUCGUUAAGUUUUAUGGGGCUCUUUUUACUGAGGGUGAUGCAUGGAUCUGCAUGGAAUUGAUGCGCACCUCAUUUGACCAGUGUUACAAGCAUAUUUAUGGAGUUCUAAUGGAAACUAUACCAGAAGACAUUCUAGGAAUGACCUCAUUGGCAGUUGUAAAAGCACUGGACUAUCUUAAAACCAUGCUUAAUAUCAUUCAUAGAGAUGUGAAACCUUCCAACAUCUUACUUGAUCUUCAAGGACAUAUCAAGCUUUGUGACUUUGGUAUCAGUGGCCAACUUGUUGACUCCAUUGCCAAGACAAGAGAUGCAGGAUGCAAGCCUUACAUGGCGCCUGAGAGGAUAGAUCCUAUGUCAUCAAGACAAGGAAGUUAUGACAUCAGAUCAGAUGUGUGGAGCUUUGGAAUAACCUUGAUUGAACUUGCCACUGGAAAAUUUCCUUAUCCCAAAUGGAAGAGUGUCUUUGAUCAGCUGACUCAGGUUGUGAAGGGAGACCCACCUCGCUUGUCUAACAAAGAUGGAGGAAACUUUUCAGAUGAAAUGCUUGCCUUCACAAAUGUGUGCCUUACCAAAGAUGUCACCAGAAGACCAAAGUACAGAGAGCUGCUCAAGCAUCCCUUCAUCCUCAGGUACGAAGAAAAACAAGUUGAUGUGGGAUCCUGGCUCAGUAGAAUCUUGGCGCAGGCGCCGCUUAACUUUGAUAGGUUGGACUUAUGAUGCCUUGAAAUAAAUAAAGCUAUUUUUGCACCAGCUAAUGUAAAUAGUUUUUUUUGAGAAUGUGAAGUUGAGUCUGGAGAGAUUGACUACUUUUGACAAGAGUCAGUAGCCAUCUUUAAACUAAUUAAAAGAAGUCCAUAGUUUUCCACCUUCAUAGUAGUUUUAGAUCUCUAUAAGUCUGCGAGGUUGUUUGCUCUCAAAGACUCUGUUAGAAGAAAAAGAGGAAUCCAAAAAACCUUGUUUUUUGCAAUUCUAAAAACGGGCCAAAUUCUUUGUCCAUCAGGGGCUACUUUGCUCCUCUAUUGCUUUUUUUCCCAUUUUUUUUUUAUCUCAGUUGCGAAUUAAAUUAAGGGUUAGAAGGAUGAUUUAUGAGCUGUGGUAUUGUGUAAGGUAUUUUUUAAUUGUCAUUUUAUUUGUGAGUUUCAUGGUAUUGAAUGAACCAUAAAAUAAAGUAUCACUGCAUGGAACCAAUAAUGGUUGCCACAGAGCAGAAGGGUUUGAGAAGUGGUUUGCUGCAAAUUAUUAUGGGGUGAAAGGUUUGUAAAUGUAAUAUUAUUUUUGUCUUAUUUGGUUCCCCAUUUGAAAAAUCACUGUUGUGUAUUUACUUAGCUUAGUUUUUCUUUGGGUUCUUAUGGAGAAAUGGGCUUAAAGAAGGUCUUACAUGAAAAAAGGGAAGGAAACUUUUUCACUUGCUUUUGCAAACUUUGUUUAUUGAAGCUUUAAACCAAAAAUAUUGUAAGUUUUAAUUAAUAAUGCAAUAAUAAUUAGGUGUAUUAAGAAAUGCAGUGGAUAAAUGUUGUGCUGUGCUGUUGCAGGUUCAGAUUUUUUAAACUAGGUUUUGCCACAAGUUAAUUUGCUCUGGUCCCCCCCCCCCCCCCCUAUAUAAAGAUGAACAAAAAAUGAUUCAAAACAAGAAAAACUGUUUAGAUAAAUUGUCAAUCUUUGUGAGUAUCUUUGUUUAUUUCCUUGUUUAAAUGAAAACAAGCAGCUGAAAAUACGUGAAUAAUUACUAUAAAAAGCAAUAUAUUCUAGUGACCAUGUGUUUGAAUUGCAAGCACUGCAGUAGGCAUUAACAAGGAAUAUCAGUUUUAGCCUUCAUCUGUUUGUAUGAUUCCAUGUGAAAUAUUUAUUAAAAUGGGAAUAGAUGUUUGAA